AUGUCUGAUAUCGAAUUCAAAUACCCCGUUCUCCCGGGCCGAAACCAGGGACCAUGUUUUAUGUGGCUCUACAGACCUGACCGCUCGGCUGUAGCAAUGGCCGACCUACGUAAUUACGGUGAAACGACGGUGACAGUACAGGGGGUGGACAUAACUUUUACUGUGACCGAAGAUUGCCGCGCGAUAGACAAGAAGGGGAAUUUCCCCGAGGGACUUUUUUUAACUGUGGGAACGAAGCCUGGCUCCGGCAAUUCGAUUUCCAAGCCCGUCAGGUCGCAGGCCCAACUCGACACGGACAGGCAACAGUGUCCGUUGCAACUGGACGGCGAAAAAGGACAGUGGAGAACGGGCGCAAGGGGCAGGAUGAAAAUCAAAUCAAGUAUCCGAUCUCGUCUCCCGGAAAUCCCCAAGCCACAAAAGCAGGGUCACAAAGACUUCUAUGAAACUCAUGCCAAUGAAGACUUUUUUUUCGAGGGUGUGCCUGGGUAUGUACGAGCGUUGACACUGGUCCACAGGUGCCAAAUCUUCAACAAGACUGCCGGCAAUAUCAACAGGUUUUUCAAACGUCAAACUUGCUCAGCUUUCAAGUGUGCAGAAUCUGCAAGAACGAGCCCAAGCAACCUGGGGGCCCUCUAG